UGAGCUUUUAUUUUGAAGUGUGGAGACAGGCAGCUGUUGUUGCGCCUCUGUUGACAGUUGGACGAGUGUAAAUACAGCACUGAAUGCUGCAGAUCACAGGAUGGACACCAGUGGGAAACCCUCAACUGCACAGAUCGUGGUCUUAGCCACCAGCUCAGCCCUGACUGCACUCUUCUACUCCAUUUACAAGAACCGAGCUACAACAGUUGCCAGAUUAAAGGAAGCCAAGAAAGUCUCCAUUGACCAGGAUCUGAAAAACAUCCUAUCUGAAACACCUGGAAGAUGUGUUCCAUACGCUGUCAUAGAAGGUGUUGUGAGGUCUGUGAAGGAAACUCUGAGCAGCCAGUUUGUUGAUAACUGCAAAGGCGUGAUUGAAAGGCUGACCUUGAAGGAGGAAAAGAUGGUGUGGAAUCGCACCACUCAUCUGUGGAACAACACAGAGAAAGUCAUCCACCAGCGCACCAACACAGUCCCGUUUGCCCUCGGCUCACAUGACGACGAUAUCGCUGCCACAGUGCGGGUAAUACGUCCACUAGAUGCUGCAGAGUUGGACCUGGAGACCACCUACGAGAACUUCCACCCCACGGUCCAGUCCUUGUCCAAUGUCAUCGGCCACUUCAUCAGCGGGGAGCGCCCCAAGGGCAUCCACGAGACUGAGGAGAUGCUGCGGCUGGGCGACAGCGUCACAGGUGUCGGCGAGCUGGUCCUGGAUAACAACCUGAUCAAGCUCCAACCUCCCAAACAGGGCUUCCGUUAUUUCCUCACUCGGCUGGACUACGACGCUCUUCUCAGGAAGCAGGGGAACAGCGUCCGACUGUGGAGGAUUCUGACUAUUGUUUUUGGCAUCGCCGCUUGCUCCACGCUCCUCUUCAUCCUGUGGAAGCGCUACAUGCACCACAGGGAGAGCAGGAAGGAGAGGAGCAUGCUGGAGGAGUUCAAAGAGCAGCAAAAGAAACGUAUGCGUGAACUUAACGUGGACGAAAGCACCGUGUCGCCAACAAGCUGUACUGUGUGCCUGACCCGGGAGCGGUCCUGUGUGUUUCUAGAGUGUGGUCAUGUGUGUGCCUGUGCCCAGUGCCAUGACGCCCUGCCAGAGCCAAAGAAAUGCCCCAUCUGCAGGGCGACUAUAGACCGAGUGGUGCCUCUUUACAACAGCUAAUGUGGAACUGCAGAAAUGUGCAAUAUAUCACACAGGAAGUCUACUCAGUCAUUAUUACGCCGACAAUACAGUAUGUUAUUUUAAAGCUGUCUGCUCAGGCUUGAAAAGGAUGAUAUGUGAACUUUUUGUUGCACUUCUUUUGCUUUUUCUCACUGUCGUGGAUAAAUAGUAGGCAUCUGUGCUGACUCAUGACGCAGUCCCAUUUCCCAUCAAAUGUACAAAUCAGAUUUGGAACCUGUGAAAGUAGAGAAAAUGAAAUUCCUUCUUUCAUUUUGAGAGAGAAAAUUAGGUUUCCUCUCACUAAGACACUGACAAGUAUUGAUGAAACAAAUCUUGGUCCUGUAUCCAGACAACUAUUAAUCUUAAGAUCAUUCUUACAACAGCACUUGGGGGAAGUGCACACACACACACACACACACACACACACACACAGUAAAGCUCUUACGAAAACACUUUAAAGGUCCAGUGUGUAGGAUUUAGGGGGAUAUAUUGGCAGCA